AGUGGAAAGGCUGAGGAAUGGCAGCCGGCAGCCUGCGGCGUUGGCGCUGAGCGGAGUGGCAAUAGGCGGGUUUAAUGACUGAGUUGGCUCCUAAAAACCUGAGCAUGCGGUGUCGUCUGAACUCCUGACAGACGCGCUUUUUAAAGAGGCUUUUAUCAUGGCGUUGUUGUAUGAGUUGGUGUGGCGGCUCCUGCACUGCCUUCUCCAGCUCCAGCGAGCGGCCGCCGCUUGGUUUCGAGGCCGCGUGUGGAGGCGAGGCGGGCGGCUGUGGAGGACAGCCGGAGCCGCGCUGCUGCUUCCUGAAGCUAUGGGCUUCAGCAGCCAGAAGAAGACGGCAAAACCCCGCCGGUAUCGCUGGGUAGCGGACGACAAGGCUUUGGAAAAAUUGCCCCUUCAUGUGGGUUUGCUGGUGGUCGAGGAGGAGCAGCAGUACACGGAUAUAGCCAACCUGGUGGUGUGGUGCAUGGCAGUGGGGAUUUCAUAUGUCAGUGUUUAUGAUCAUGAAGGUGUCUUCAGGAGGAAUAACUCCAGAUUGAUGGAAGAGAUUUUAAAGCAGCAACAGGAGCUCUUGGGCUCUGAGAGCUGCAAGUACUCACUGGAGUUCCUAAAUAAUGGCACAGAUCAGCAUGCGCUGACGUGUCCAACAGUGGUGAAGGUGUUGUCUCCAGAUGAUGGAAAGCUCAGUAUUGUUCAGGCAGCGCAGCAGCUGUGUAAAGCUGUGGAGCAGAAAGAGAGGACGUCCAAAGACAUCAACGUCACUGUGCUGGACUCUUUACUGCGAGAGUCGAAGAACAUCCCAGACCCAGACCUGGUGCUGAAGUUUGGUCCAGUUGAUAGUACACUGGGUUUUUUGCCUUGGCACAUCAGACUAACAGAGUUCAUCUCUUUGCCUUCCCACAAAGACAUCUCGUAUGAAGACUUACUCAGUGCCCUGCGGUGCUAUGCAGUCUGCGAGCAGAGACUGGGGAAGUGAAGGAACCUCCACACCAGAGAACACAACCAAAAGAACAGAACCGAAGGAACACAGGAGAUAAGAAGAGAGAAAAGGAGGAGUACGUGAUCCUUCUCUCUUUACGUUUACAGCACAAGCAGCAGAGCAGCAGCUUCCAGACAGUACAUCUUCCCACACAACACAAACACACACACGUGGCUCGUCCCUUCGUCUGCGACACCCGUGCUCUGUCUGAUGGAGCGGAAAAGUGCAGACCUGCGCCAUCUGCUGGUUUCGUUCAGAACGUUUUCAAACACCAAUCAUUUCACCAUAGGGAAAUUUCUGAUUAAAAAUCGCUUAAGGCUGCCAUGGCAUUUUGCAAACAUACAAGCACAGUAGCUAUGCGUACACUACAGUAGCAGAACAUUUUGCUAUAUCUGUGAAGAGUAAAAUACGGUUGAGCUACAAAACCAGUGGCUCAGUGAGUGCUGCUUUGAGGGCGAUGUGUGAUGGAUGACAUCGGCGCGACAAACUUUGUGGUCCGUUUUGGGUAACGCUUGUGAAAACUGUAUUUUAUGUCUUAUUAUCAUUUAAUCAUUUGGAUCCCAGACACAAUGUCACACUUAACUGAAUAUGGGAAUAUCACGGCAAGUUUUGUUGGUCAUGUAAUGUGGAACACAUCCACUUUGUUGUUUUGAACGCAGACAGCAAGGGGCAACCUGACCACUUUCUUUUUUAUAGUAGCGAAUGUGGUAGAGCAAGCACUGGUUAGCAAGCAAGAGUUCGCGAAAAAGGGUUAGCAAGAGCACCAGUGAGUGUUAGGGAUGUGCCAAUAUGGGAACGUCGGCUGGUGCUGAUGUGCCGACACUUAAACAUGUAUAAAAUGUAAAACUUGGGGCUGGAUCUACCUGGAUUACUGUAAUAAAUAAAUAAAGCAUUUUUUAAUGUAGGCUACAAAUCUAGUUAAUAAUAAUAAUAAUAAUUAUAAUACUUAAAUGCAGAUGUUUUACCAUAGUAGCCCAGUAUGGCCUAAACAUUCUGUUCUCACAGAGUACAGUAAAUAUCAAAUAUCGGUUUGAAAUAUCAGUCAAAACCAAACUGCAAAUAUUUUUUUAAACAAUUAGCUGCCGAUACUGAUAAUUAUCGUGCAUCCCUGGUUAGCAUGUGCAAAAUAGCGUGCGCAAGUGUGGUUUAGUGUGUGCAGGUUAGCGUGUACGUGAGUCAUCGUCCAUUAGUUAGCAUAUGUAAGCGCCUUCUCUGCUGCUGGGUGCAUCGUAUACCCUGCCAAGGUUACUGAGCAUAGUGCUACAUUCACUGACCUUACGGAGCUCCGGCAUUGCGCCAUACAGCCCAGACUCGAAGCAGCUCUUGUAGCCCCUGGGCUGUGGUCAGUGCGAUUAGUGAUAUGGUGUAAAUCUACUGUCCCAACUGUCCUCUGCUGUAGGCCUGAAGCAGUUAGGCUGCUGGAGCACUGCAGUCUGGGACGCACUGACUAAUUCAGCCGUGUGCACUGAACGUUACGAUGGACAUGCAGCCACCCAGCUCAUCUGCUACUUCUCUCUAAUGUCUCGAGGACUCAUUAAGGACCUUCUUAAUGAAUCUACUGCAUUUCCAAUAAUCGUGCUUCAAGUCCGUCAGCCUCUUUUCAAAGGUACGAGAGUGUGGAUGAAUGCUCUGCAUGUGAACUGUUUCAGUGUGAGGUUUAAUGAGCUGUAAACGGCAGUGUGCGUUAUAUUUGUGUUCAAUCUACUCAUGAUUGUACAAAUAAACUUGACGGUGAUCUAUAGUCAGAUUCUCUGGAUUGUUAGCUAAAUUCUGUAUGUUCAUGAUCAUUUGUUAUUUUUUUUAAAUUGCUGAAACUUUUUUUUUUUAAACUGCAAAAAUUUCCUCAAUAUUUAUUGCUCCGUCCAAUAGUACAAUGAUUUAUUUUUGAUUUAUUCUGAUUAUAUUUGUUUGAAGACGUCUUAGACGGAUAUCAGUAUGCAGCAGGUUUGUGGUGGAGGAACACUACAGACUUUACACCAUACUGCUAACCACAGGGGCCUGCUCUAAUGUCACCAGUCUUAACAUGAGCGGCCUGUCACUCAUGUCGCUGCAUAGGAGGGUUGGUAUAAUAGUGUCCAGUGUGAAUGCCCAAUAAAUGUUACUGAAACCCAAAAUAAAA